CCAUUUUUUUGUGCAUUUGGUUUCUUUAUUGGGACAAAUUUUUUUAAUGUAAAAAACUAAUAUUUUUCAUCUCCUUCUCCUCUUCCCCCUUCUAUUGGGCUUUUCUGCUUCCUGAUUGAUGACAUGCUGGUUUUUUUAGUGUGGCAUUCUUUUUGUUCAUUUCUUGUAUCUUUUUCAGAUUGUAUGAAGCAUGACCCUGAGGUGAGCGAGGACCUGGAAAGGAGUUUUACAGAUCUGUUGUCCGAAGAACUGAAGCUAAGAGAAGCUGAAGCUCAGGAAAACCAGCAGCGUGCAGACAUGGCACUGUUAGAGGCUAAGAAAAUGGCGUCUCAGUAUCAGAAGGAAGCAGACAAGUGCAACAUGGGUAUGGAAACCUGUGAAGAGGCUCGGGAAAAGGCGGAAGCAACUUUAGACAUCCAGAGGAAGCUCACUGCAAUGUGGGAGUUCAGGGCUCGCCAAAGAGGAUGGAAAGGAGGUCCCAUUAAACCUCGUAGCUAAAUCUUUGGCUGAAGUAAUGCUCACCCACCAUGGUUACCACACACCUUUAGUGCUGACAGGAUCCUCAAAGAGGAGGGAGUUUUUGUAGUACUUUAUUAAUAUGUUCAUUUGUUUGUUUGUCUAUUUAAUUAUUCUUUAAUGUUCCUUUUAAUGAAAUAUAGUUCAAGCUUUCA